GCUGGGCAUUUAAGCCCGAAAACCCGCAAACCCGGACUGGCCCGUCAAAGCCCGACCCGAAUGGGCCGGGCCCAUUUUUUUUUCCAUCAAAACAGUUCGGGCCCGGGCCUUGACUUUCAAACAAACGGUUCGGGCCGGGCCUUAACUUUCAAAGUUGCAUAAACCCGUCAGGCCCGUUUUAAUAAAAAGAGACAGAUGUCCAUGUAUUAUUGGUCCUAAGAUAAGGCUCAAAAUCCUUAUCAUAGCAUCGGACACACUCAAUUAGACUCUUCAGUCAAAUACCCAAACCUAAUUGACUAGUCUUCAGUCUUCAAUUCUUCCCGACCUGAACGAGGCCGCCUCCUUCGUUCUCCCUCUUCUCCGAGUCUUAAGUCUGUGCCUCUGCUGUCCAAGUCUCCUCCCCCAUAUCCCCCAUAGCCGAACGCCGAGACUGCUUUCUCUCACUCUCUCUUCCCCUCCCCUCUUCCUCCCUCCUUCCCUCUUCACUUCACCUGCACGGAUUUGGAACUUGGGGUUUUGCUUUGCGUCUUGGACCGCGAGAUCAACAUUGGGGCAAGGAAGAUGCUUGCUGGGGUCGGCACAAAGCAAAGUAGAAGAGUCUUUGGGGGGUUUUAGUAUUUUGCUCUACUGGGAGGAUAAAAGCAUGUGAGCCCAGAUUCAUGAUUCAACUGAUGUUGGCUAAAAAAUGCAACUGAUGGUGGCGGCCAAAAAAUGCAACUGAUGUCUAUCUCUUUUUUUUUUUUUUUUUUUAAGGCUGUUUGGGCCCGUAAACCCGGAAGCCCGGCCUGAAAUAAAACGGGCCGGUCCCUGUUGAAUGCAAAACGGGCUUUGGGCCCGAACCGUAAAAAACGGGCCGGUCCCGGGCCCAGCAAAAUUCUUAUUGAACCCGGCCCGUGCCCAGCCCUACGGUAAACAUCGUCAUGAUCGAAGUCAUGAUUAUAGUCGGAAUGCAGGCAAGGUAUUGUUAAAAUAUGUACUACACCAGUACACCACAUUAUUUUAUUGGCACUUCAAGUCUUCAACACCCACGUUAUGAUGCAAAUACCAAGUAGACAACAUAUACAUAUAUACAAACUCAGCUGAAACUGAAACAACCCACGCAGCUAUUAGCUACCUCAGCUGGGCACUCUGUGUUUUGCAAGACAGCUCAAGAAAAUAGCAGGGAUGGAAGAAGUGGCUGAUGAAGCGAAUCAGAGGCCAGUCGAUAGGGUUCAUUCGUUUAACAGCGCAAGUAGAAGGUCUGAUUCUGCACGAGUCAUUCCCAUCACAAGUGCUACUGCUAGUCCCACAAGUGAUCAUUUGGAUGCUAAUUACGACAUCAAUAAUGUUACGUCUGCAAAUUGGGGGGGAAAUGGUGAGCUCAAUCCGCAGGACGCUUGGCUACCUCUCACCGAGUCGAGGAAAGGCAAUGCUUUCUCUGCUAGCUUUCAUUUACUAUGUUCGGGAAUCGGAGUCCAAGCCCUUUUGCUUCCUGUUGCAUUUGCGACUCUUGGAUGGCCAUGGGGAACUGUAUGCUUGUCACUUGCAUUCACAUGGCAGCUCUACACCAUAUGGCUUCUCGUACACCUACACGAAUCAGACUCUGGAAUUCGUUACAGUAGAUACCUCGACCUAGCAAUGACAGCUUUCGGUCAAACGCUGGGGAAAGUUCUAGCUCUGGUUCCAGUAAUGUAUCUUUCAGCUGGUACAUGUGUACAACUAAUCAUCAUAGGAGGUGGAACAAUAAGGCUUUUCAUCAGAACUGUGUGUAGGGAUGGAUCAACCUGUGAUCCCAAAUCAUUGACUGGUUCAGAGUGCUUCUUGGUGUUCAUGUGCAUGGCCAUAGCUGUGGCUCAGUUUCCAAAUCUGAACUCCGUGGCUUGGGUCUCUUUUAUUGGCACCACAACUGCAGUUGUGUAUUGUACUCUGGUUUGGGGUCUUUCAAUUGGGAAGGGCAGGAUCAAUAACGUGUCAUACGACCCGCCAGCAAUGGAGUCUAACAUGGAUAGGUUUGGUGGGAUAAUGAAUGCAAUAGGUAUCAUUUGUCUUGCAUUCAGAGGUCACAAUGUUAUUCUUGAGAUACAGGGGACCUUGCCAACAAAUCCAAAAUUCCCAACAUAUAAGACAAUGUGGAGAGGAGUGACUAUAUCAUAUGCACUCAUAGCCAUCUGUUUGCUUCCUGUAGCCAUAGCUGGAUUUUGGACAUAUGGAAACAAGGUACCCUCCUCUAAUGGAGGACUAUUGAUCGCAAUUUCGCAAUUCCAUGCACAUGACACAUCAAAAGUAGUGCUGGGACUCAUUUACAUACUGGUAAUCGUUCACUGCUUAAGCACAUUCCAAAUCUAUGGAAUGGUGAUUUUCGACAAGUUGGAGUCGAACUACACUAGCAGGAAGAACAUGCCAUGCGCUAGGUGGCUUCGAACAGCUUUGCGUGUGUUCUUUGGAGGAGUGACAUUUUUUGCAGCAGUGACAUUUCCAUUCUUGGGAAGUUUGGCACCUAUUUUAGGAGGGGUGACAUUACCUUUGACGUAUGCUUAUCCAUGUUGGAUGUGGAUUGCUAUCAAGAAACCACAACCAAAAGGGGUGAUGUGGUGUAUUAACAUGGGACUUGGAUGCUUAGGCCUGUGUUUGAGUGUUCUUUUAGUUGUUGCUGCAUCAUGGAAUAUAGCUCACAACGGCCUAAAAGCCAACUUCUUCAGGCCUUAAUCACUAUUUAGGAUCCGUGAGGACGGACUGUUUUUAGCUCAGUAACACUUCGCGAAAAUGUACUUGGGAAAAACUUCUUGGGGAAGCGCGUAAAAUGCUUCUCCUUGGAGCACCUCGUAUAACACAUGAAACACUUGUACCUGUUUCGACCAAAUCCUUGGUCUUUUAGCAUUUUCAAAUUUAACGGCCAUGAGCUGUUGCUCAGCCACUGUUACAGUAAGGUAGGAAAGUGGCAUAAAGAGGUAAGCACAUCCAGGAAUUUAUUGCUUUUGAGAUAUUGGAAGUUUAGAACUGAUGGGUCAACCUGCCUGGCAUAAAGAGACUGGCUUUCAUUGCUUCACUUUAAUUUUCUGAUAGUUUUUGAAUAUGCAUAGUGAAAUAAAUGCAGUAUUGCCACAUGUUUAAUCUUUUAUCAGCCAAACAGUUAUAGUUUUAAAGAUUUGAUUAUGCAUUGGAUUAUAACCAACUGCAAGUGGCCUAUCCCCAACUCGAGGCUUAAAUCUUUUGUAUUUCUUUUCUUGGCA